CUGAAUUAACAUAACCUCAUUUUUCUUGUAUGAUUUUAUUUUCUUUGUGAAGUGGAAUUUUUCUUUAUUUUCCGGCUUAAAAAAAUGUCUCAUCUUAAAUUUGCUGUACUAACAAUUAGCGAUACUUGCUCCAAAAAUGAAUCCCUCGAUCGCAGUGGGCCAACAGCGAAGGAAUUCCUGGAGAAGAAAUUCCCAUCUUGUGCGAUUGCAUACAAAAUCAUUCCGGAUGAGCAGAAGUUGAUCGAGAAGACCUUAAUUGUCUACGCAGACACCCAGGAGGUGGAUGCGGUAUUUACAACGGGUGGUACGGGAUUUGCACCGCGUGACGUGACCCCAGAAGCCACCCGGAAGGUCAUUGAGAAGGAAGCACCACAGCUGGCUCAAUCAAUGUUCAUCACCAGCCUGGCUGUAACUCCCAUGGCGCCUCUAUCUCGAGCUGUCUGUGGUGUGAGGGGCUCCACGCUCAUUGUUAAUCUACCAGGAAGCCCAAAGGCAGUCCGGGAGUGUUUGGAAGCAAUCUCUGCUGUGCUUCCGCAUGCACUGAACCUUCUCAGGGACAACAAGAAGGCAGUAGAGGCAACACACAGUGAAAUUCAAAUGGCAAAGUGUGACUGCUCCAGAGAUACUCUUCCCGGAGGACAGCCAACUGAGAGGGGCUCAAAGUUCCCCAUGGUGGAGCUUUCAGCUGCUCUGGAAGAGGUUUUCAAGGUUAUUGAGCCAUAUCGUACAAUUCCAUCCAUCGUACAUAGUCCAAUUUCACUACCACCAUUUAGAGCUUCAAUAAAAGAUGGAUACGCUGUCAAAUCAUCUGGUGGGGCAGGAAUUAAAAGAGUUUUGGGAUGUAUCUCAGCUGGAACUGGGAUAGUUGAAGAGGAUUUUCCUGAAGACGGGUGCUAUAAGAUCAACACAGGAGCUCCAUUACCAAAUCACGCAGAUGCCAUAGUUCAAGUUGAAGAUACAAGAUUGAUUGAAUUGAAUGGCAAUCAGGAGGUAAAGAUUGAACUGUUGGUGGAUCCAGUGAAAAAUUAUGAUAUUCGCAAUAUUGGAUGCGAUAUGAAGCAAGGAGAGGAGCUUUUUGUACACCAACAUCCUUUUGAUGCGGCUAAAGUUGCUCUAGCAGCUUCCGUGGGAUUAACCGUUCCGGAUACAUUGCCCGUGAAGAUUGCUAUAAUUUCAACGGGAGACGAACUCAAGGUGGCAGGAUGUGAUUCAUUGGGUGAUGGACAAAUUUACGAUAGCAACACACCAAUGCUACAAAAGUUGCUCAAGGACUUUGGAUUUCACGUAACAUCCUUUGAAAUUGCUGGAGAUACAUUUGAUGGACUAAAAAAGGCUUUCCAACGUGCCCUGGAGAAGUGUUCAGUCGUCAUAUGCUCAGGAGGUGUAUCCAUGGGGGAUAAGGACUACGUGAAGGCAGUACUGCAGGAUAUGAACUUUGAAAUUUCAUUUGGACGUGUUAACAUGAAGCCAGGGAAGCCUUUGACAUUCGCUCAUAGAAAAGAUGAUUCAACAAAAUUAGUCUUUGGUCUACCGGGGAAUCCAGUUUCAACGUUCGUCACAUUCCAUCUCCUUGUGCUACCUGCACUACGUUACCUCUGCAAUUUUCCACGAAAGAAGUGCUGCCUACCGGUUAUCAAAGUGAAGCUGUUCAACAAUUCCCUCAAUCUGGAUCCCCGUCCUGAAUACAUGAGGGCAACUGUAAAGUCUAUGGAUGGAGAGCUUUGGGCAUCAGUUACUGGGAAUCAGAUAAGCAGCCGUUUGAAGAGUUUACUAGAUGCUGAUGUUCUACUUCAUCUACCAAUGAAGGAUGGUAAUCAGGAAUCAAUUAGGAAGGGAUUACUUCUCAAUGCAUCUGUUCUAAAAUUAGAUUUCAUAUCGGAUUGAAAAUUCACAAGUAAAUUAUUUUUUAUAUGAAUUAACUAAGAUGCAAUUAGAUUUUCUUAUAACUGUUCUAUUCAUUGAAUUAUCUGUGUAAGAUAUAUAUAUUUUUUUGCAAUGUACUGCAAAGUUUUUUGCAGAUUUUAUGUCGAAUAUCGUAUGAUAUUCAGAAAAUCGAAAAAUUUAGAUUUUUCAAGUGCAUUUUAGCACAACUUGGUUCAAGUUAUUAUGGUUUAUGCCCAAUUUAAUUACUUGUUAAACAAAGUGAUGUUGUCUUGACAGAAUUUACUUCUGACUUGGGAGAGUUAUUUCCCGUUUCACCUUUUGGGUGAAGUUGUUAAAGAGUUACAAUUAAUAUUCCGGCUCGAAGGACCAAAUUUUUCUGAAGAAAUUAUUUUAUUUAAUUCAAAUUAGAGCUACAAUUAAUAUUCCGGCUCGAAGGACCAAAUUUUUCUGAAGAAAUUAUUUUAUUUAAUUCAAAUUAGAGUUACAAUUAAUAUUCCGGCUCGAAGGACCAAAUUUUUCUAAUGAAAUCUUUGAUAUUUUCAAGUAUAAAGAGUUACAAUCAAUAUUCCGGCUCGAAGGACCAAAUUUCUCUGAAGAAAUUCUUUAAUUCGACGGGCACGUCGAAUUUCAUUUAAAUUAGAGUUACAAUUAAUAUUCCGGCUCGAAGGACCAAAUUUUUCUAAUGAAAUCUUUGAUAUUUUCAAUGAUUAGGAGUUACAAUUAAUAUUCCGGCUCGAAGGACCAAAUUUUUCUAACGUUAAGCUUGAUGUUUUCAAGAAUUAGGAGUUACAAUUAAUAUUCCGGCUCGAAGGACCAAAUUUUUCUAAUGAAAUCUUUGAUAUUUUCAAUGAUUAAGAGUUACAAUCAAUAUUCCGGCUCGAAGGACCAAAUUUUUCUAACGUUAAACUUGAUGUUUUCAAGAAUUAGGAGUUACAAUUAAUAUUCCGGCUCGAAGGACCAAAUUUUUCUAACGUUAAGCUUGAUGUUUUCAAGAAUUAGGAGUUACAAUUAAUAUUCCGGCUCGAAGGACCAAAUUUUUCUAACGUUAAGCUUGAUGUUUUCAAGAAUUAGGAGUUACAAUUAAUAUUCCGGCUCGAAGGACCAAAUUUUUCUAACGUAGUCCUUGAUUUAAUCAAGGAUAAAGAGUUAUAAUCAAUAUUCCGGCUCGAAGGACCAAAUUUUUCUAACAUAAACUUGAUGUUUUCAAGAAUUAAGAGUUACAAUUAAUAUUCCGGCUCGAAGGACCAAAUUUUUCUAACGUUAAUCUUGAUGUUUUCAAGACUUAGGAGUUACAGUUAAUAUUCCGGCUCGAAGGACCAAAUUUUUCUUAUUUUUUAGCGUUUGAUAUUUAUUUUGUAAUCAAUUUUUAAUAUUUUUAAUCGAUUGAUUUUAUAUUUAUAAUAAUGAGGUCUAAUUGUUGUCCGGUUCGAAGGACCGAAUUUCUAUCCCUAAACUAGAUUUAUUUUUCUGGUUAAAAUCUUGAUGUCUUCAAGAAUUUUGAGUUACAAUCAAUAUUCCGGCUCGAAGGACCAAAUUUUUCUGACGGUUCUUGAUGUUUUCAAGAAAUCAGAGUUACAAUUAAUAUUCCGGCUCGAAGGACCAAAUUUUUCUAGCGUAAUCUUUGAUUCAAUCAAGGGUAAAGAGUUACAAUUAAUAUUCCGGCUCGAAGGACCAAAUUUUUCUGAAUAUCUUUUUAUCUUGUUUAAUAUUAUUUAAAACAUCAUGUUUAUGAUGCAAAUCUUUGUUCGGAGUGAUAGCUUGAAGCACUGACUUUUAAGCUAUGUAAUUGCUUAAUUAAUUUCAAGUUGCGAACUUGAGGAAUCGGUAUUGUUUAAUACCUUUACUAUAUAGUGAAUCUAAAUUUUUCGAUUUCUGAAUUUUCUAGGAUUCUAUAAUAUAACGAAUUUUAUGUACAUUGCAAAUGAGCUAUUACAGAAGGAAAGUUUAAUUGCAUCUUAGAAAUAUUCUUUUAAAAAUCUUUACAAGAGUUAGUCAUCAAAUUUUGAAUAUUUUUAUUGAAUGUUAUGAAUUGUAAAAAAAUGUAAAACUGAAAAUGAUUUUUUGUUUAUAAUGUUUAUACACAAAGUUUAUUGAUUGAAAAGAAAUUGUAAUAAAUUAAACAAAAAAAAAGAAA